CCACCCCCCGCUCUUACCCUUCUCCUUGCCCCGCCCUCCUCCAAGCCGAUCUAGGUCACCAUGCGUCUCAUCAUCCGUGACGACUCUGCCGCCGUCGGCGACUACAUCGCCAACUACAUCUGCAAGCGGAUCAACGAGUUCAAUCCCACGGCCGAGAAACCGUUCGUCCUGGGCCUUCCGACUGGCUCGUCGCCCAUUGCGACCUACAAGGCCCUCAUCAAGCUCGUCAAAGAUGACAAGCUCUCCUUCAAAAACGUCAUCACGUUCAACAUGGACGAGUACGUCGGCCUCCCGCGUGACCACUCCGAGUCGUACCACACGUUCAUGUUCCGCGAGUUCUUCUCGCACAUCGACAUCCCGCCGAGCCAGGUGAACAUCCUGGACGGAAACGCCAAGGACCUGAUCGCCGAGUGCAACUCGUACGAGCAACGCAUCAAGUCGUUCGGCGGCAUCGAACUCUUCCUCGGAGGUAUCGGAGAGGAUGGGCAUAUUGCGUUCAACGAACCUGGCUCCUCUCUCGCCUCGCGCACGCGCAUCAAGACGCUCGCGUAUGAUACGAUCCUCGCCAACGCGCGUUUCUUCGAGAACGACGUCUCCAAGGUGCCGCGUAUGGCGCUCACCGUCGGUGUUGCGACCGUGCUCGACUCGCGCGAGGUCGUCGUCGUGGUCACCGGCCAGCGCAAGGCGCUCGCGCUCUCCAAGGCGAUCGAGGAGGGCGUAAACCAUCUCUGGACGCUCUCAGCACUCCAGAUGCACCCCUGGGCCCUGAUCGUGACGGACGAAGACGCGACCGCGGAGCUGCACGUCAAGACCGUCAAAUACUUCAAGUCGAUCGAGCGCGUCCAGGACGAGGUCGAGGCGCGCCAGGCCGAGCUGCGCGCGCACGGCGAGGCGACGCAGCAGGUCGGCAGCAUGGAGUGAGCCUGCGGUAUCCCGCUCCUUCUUCGUUUGGGGUCGGCUCUCGCGCCGUGGGCUGCGAGCUCAUAUCAAAAGAGUAUUUUCUGGGGAGUCUUGUAUGAUGUGGCGGUGUGGUACUGUGAUAACAUUAUAAGGGCAUUGGUAUGGUUGGUAUUCGGGAGAUGCGGUCAGAGUGACCAUUUGUAGGUAUGCUUAUGUGUAAAAUAAUUACAUACACCAUGUGAAUGCUGCCUUGGUUUUCGUGACGGCGUUGUACUGUCUAGAGCUUAUAACAUGCCAUGUCCGUGGAACAAAGUAGAUGUAGCUAGUUGAUGUCGAAGCCGUGUAUCCCUACUGUAAGGUUAUCCCUAUGUAAUAAGAUAGUGUAGAAGAUUAUGUUCAUCAUAUUGUAUGUUAUAUCCCUAUGCAUAGUUCUUCC